UCACCCAUCAAGGGGUUCUUGAGUCCCCACAUAUCUCCGAAUUCUCAGGUAAAGGCUUGCUUUUGGGUAUAUUAGGGCAAAGUCUCCCUCCGGGUAACCACCAUGCUUUCCGGUGCACCUCCAUCUUCCGCCCUAUCAGUCGCUUUGCCAUAUAGCCAACGAAGACGGACAAGAUGAGAUUCCUUCCUUCUGUUGCCCUCGCCCUUGGUGGCUUUGUCACCGCCAAUCCGGUGCCCGUUGACCAUGAGGCUGUGGAGCUCUUCCACCGUCAAGUACGGACCCUCAACCAGGCCAUGAUUGCCGCCGGCCGCGAGUACAUCGGUACCUCCCUCACGGUCCGCAACGACAACUCAGAGCAGAACAUCAUCCGCAGCGAGUUCGGCUCCAUCACGCCGGAGAACGCCCAGAAGUGGGAUGCCACCGAGCCUAACCGCGGGCAGUUCAACUGGGGCGCUGCCGAUCAGCACAUGAACUGGGCACGCCAGAACGGCAAGCACGUUCGCUGCCAUACUCUUGUCUGGUACUCUCAGCUCCCUGGUUGGGUGUCCAACAGCCGCUUCAACAACGCCACCUUGAUCCAGGUCAUGACCAACCACAUCAACCAGGUCAUGGGACGGUACCGUGGGCAGUGCAACCACUGGGAUGUCGUCAACGAAGCUCUCAACGAGGACGGUACAUACCGCGACAACGUCUUCCUCCGCACCAUCGGUGAAGCAUACAUCCCCAUGGCCUUCCGCAUUGCCGCUGCCGCCGAUCCUUCCGCCAAGCUGUACUACAACGACUACAACCUCGAGUACCUGGGACCCAAGGUCGAAGGUGCCGCUCGUAUCGUGAGACUCUGCCAGCAGUACGGAGUCAGAAUCGACGGUGUUGGUUACCAAGGCCACUUGGUCACCGAAAGCACCCCAACCCAAUCCACCCCCACCCCCUCUGAGGCGGACCUUACUGCCGCCUUGAAGAUCACCGCCGACCUUGGUGUUGACGUUGCCUACACUGAGAUCGAUAUCCGCAUGAGGACACCAUCCAAUGCUCAGAAGCUGCAGGCUUUGGCUGAUGCUUAUGGCCGUGUUGCCCGGUCGUGCAUGAAUGUUCCCCGCUGCGUUGGCAUGACCAUUUGGGGCGUCAGUGACAGGUACUCGUGGGUUCCCCAGACUUUCCAGGGUGAAGGUGACGCGCUUCUUUGGAACAACAACUACCAAAAGAAGGCGGCGUACGACUCUUUCCUGCGGGGUAUUUCUGGGCAGUAAAUUCGACCUUGGUUGAAAGGAUUCUUGUAUAUAGCACCGAAGAACGGCCAGCCCGAGUCCUAGAAUGGAAAACCCACACAUCCCGUUGGCGCUCACUAUCCAUCCGACGACGCACUCGCUGCUGCUUUAUAGUAUGUUCAACACGUUGCUG